GAGAGAUAGGCAGGGCUGUGGUAUUAACCCAGCAUAAGCUUGCCUUUUCCUUCGAUGACUACACCCCGAGAGGAGGAGCGUGAAGAACGUAGUAGGCGUCAGAAUCCUCAAUUUCCAACUUAGCAUCUUGGCAGGACAUUUUCCCAAGCAAAGCCCCCAUCCGAAGGCAAAAAACUUAUUCUGCACGGCAUGAGACAGAGGGAGCAAGUGAGAGAGAGAGAGGAAAAAUAGAGCGCAGCAAGCAAACACAACGGUCAGUUGUAGCUGACUAUCAGCGACUAAUAAUCUAUAUCUAAGUCUAUGUAUUUGUUUAUAUUUUUACUUUUUAACACAGUCAUUUAGAGGGGAACAGACAGCGGUCUGUUGAUACGAGACUCCUAUGACUGAGAUCGGACAGUGCAUGAGAAAAUAAAGAGGAAAAGUGCGCAAGUAAGUGGCUUACUUUCGGGGCUUUCACCAUGGCGUAUCCUCAGGGCUACUUGUACCAGCCGUCCGCUUCUUUGGCGCUGUAUUCAUGCCCGGCGUACAGCACCAGCGUUAUAUCGGGACCCAGGACCGAAGAACUUGGUAGAUCCUCAUCUGGCUCGGCUUUUGCUCCUUAUGCCGGAUCUACCGCGUUCACCAGCGCUUCGCCCGGGUACAACUCCCAUCUCCCGUACAGUGCGGAGGCGGGGGCGGCCGCCACUUUUGCUUCAUACGUGAGUUCUCCCUAUGACCACACGACGGGCAUGGCUGGGUCUAUAGGAUAUCACCCCUACGCUGCUCCCCUGGGUUCAUACCCCUACGGUGACCCGGCAUACCGAAAAAACGCGACCCGGGAUGCCACCGCCACUCUCAAAGCCUGGUUGAACGAGCACCGUAAGAACCCCUACCCCACCAAGGGCGAGAAAAUCAUGCUGGCCAUCAUCACCAAAAUGACCCUCACCCAAGUGUCCACCUGGUUCGCCAAUGCCAGGAGGAGGCUAAAGAAGGAGAACAAGAUGACCUGGACUCCACGAAACCGGAGCGAGGACGAGGAGGAAGACGAGAACAUCGAUCUGGAAAAGAAUGACGACGACGAGCCUAGCAAGCCGACAGAAAAGGGAGACUCGACAGACACAGAGUCAGAUCAUAAAUUGCUGAACCCGGGGGACAUAGCUUGCGACAGAUUUAAAGAGGAGAAUCAUGGCAAAGAAAUGGAUCCCCUUCUGAGCGACUCGGAAUUAAAAGACCAAGGGGAGCGGACAGAGUUACUGCCCGAGUCUGCUAAACCCACCACCUCGUCUCCAUCCGCCGUGUCUCGUGGAGGAACCGAGCUCGUUGCGCAAGACAAGCCGUCAGAAAUGGGCCAUGCGCCGGGCACAGUAAACAGCAACGUUACAUCUGUUAUUCACUCGUCCCCAUCGGCCCCUAAACCCAAACUCUGGUCCCUGGCUGAGAUCGCAACGUCCUCAGACAGGUGUAAGAGCAGCAGUGACGGGCCGCAGGGCCAUGGGAUGGGUCACAGCACAGUGAUCAGCACCAAUGCAGCGUCACCAUCACGGUCCUCCCCCCAGUGUCCUCUCCCAAACAGCACAGUCCUAUCCAGGCCUAUCUACUACACGUCCCCUUUUUACCCGGGCUACACGAACUAUGGCAGCUUUGGACAUCUUCACAGUCACAGCAAUCACGGCUCGGGCACGGGCUCCACCGCACAUUUCAAUGGAUUAAACCAGACUGUGUUAAAUAGAGCAGAAGCUUUGGUAAGAGAAAGCCAGAAAGGCAGAGGCCAAACGCAGGUAGAUAUUUGUAAAGACUCCCCUUAUGAACUAAAGAAAGGUAUGUCAAACAUUUAAUACCUUGAUCCCUUUCAAAAAUCCAUCGGACUUUUAUUUAUUAUUUGUGGUUGCAUUACAAAAAAAAAUAAGACAAAUAAUAAUGAUAAAGCAAAAUUCUGCGAACAGUUAUUUUUUGAGUAAAUGCUUAUCCUAAAAUGUUAGUUUCUGAAUGGUUAAUCCUAAAGAUGUAACAAGAAUGGUCUUAAUCGCUGCAGCCGCCUUAGUCUAUUUGUAUUAAAGACUAAUAUGUAUAUUUAAUGUAGCAUUUUUGUAUUUAAAAUGGACAAUACACUAUCUUUGAAGUAAAUUAUGAGAAAAAAAAUACACGUGUGCAGCGAUUAUUCUGGGAGGAGCGGGAGGGGGGAGGCAAUUGUUAUUAUCAAAUGUGUCAGAAGGUCUUGAAAGAGAAACACAUUAUGGAAUAUGAAAGAUAUAUUUAUCGAUGGGAUUGUGGUCUUUUACCCCGUGACAGGUGUAUCAAUUCAAUUUUCUAUUCAGAAAGAGAACUCCAACUUUAUACAACAUGAGAACAUGUCAACGUUUCUCAAAUUCUCGUGUGAAAAACAUAUAGGCCUACAGCCUUUUAGGUCUACCCAAAUAUUUACAUUUUUGUGGGGUUUGGCCAAAGAUGUUGGCACGAGUUUACUGAAUAUAUGUAUAUUUCUGGC